ACGAUGUGCGGAUGUGGUAUCAUUAUGUCAGAAACUUAGGAUGAUGCAUGACAAUCCGGGAAGACUCGAAGUCCUGUCCCUGAAAUGUAUGCCAAAGCAACAGCGCGUACGCCAUAACCUCAAGCAGUCCAAUAAAGGCAAGAUGCGCAAUGUCCAGGCGCGCCUUCCUCCAGCACCAAGGCGAUAUGCAAGUACGCUCACGAUGAACUCAUAACUUCGACGUCAUGCACAUGCCUCUUCGUGGACCGUACUACACACGUUGCCUGUCCUCCAGCUCGCGUUCAACAGCACGGUGGCCAUGCGUGAAGAUCUACAUGGUCUUCUGCAUACUGGCCUGUGAUCUACAGUCACAACCCUUAACAUCCUUGUCUCGAUCCCUGCUCAUACAACGGUCAUCAGAGCUCGACACUCCCACUCACAACGGCCGCCCACGGUCAAUAUUCGUGUUCACGUUAAUCGCCGAAGAUCUCGAUCAAGCCUCGCGAUUACAACGGUCCGCCGCAGGUCAUUCCUGUCAUCACGACGGUCAUUCUGCCUGGAGAACGACGCGCUCAGCAGUCAGUUGCCAUGCCUGCAGGGCAGAGGUGCACGCGCACUUGCACCCAUGUUCAAAUCAAGUUUCGUCCCUCACGGUCUAGCCACGUCGCACUGGUGGGCACAAGGAAGUCUGUUUCGAUUGGGGCGAUCGUGCGGCAGCUCGAGACUGCACCGCUUGCGCAGCUCAAUAGCUUCUGGUUGUGGCCUCACCGUCCUCCUCUCAGGCUCAGCAUCCCAUCGUGCAUCCAU